AUACAUGUAAGGCAUUGAAAUUAUAUUUUAAUAGGAAAUGAUGCUUUGGACAUCAAACUGUUUUAUAGAGUGACACAAAAGUGUAAUCCAAAUCUAAUACAAUAGAGCAUUAUAAUAACAAAGCAUCAAGGACUGCUGAGAUUAUAGAAAGUUCACAAGGACAUCAUUAAAUAAAUUUACUUUAUUCAAAAACUAAUAUUAUUCAUAAAUAUUAGACUACUGAGGCAUACCUCAGAGAGGAAUAUACCUUUAUUAUAGAAAGUAUCAUGGACAAGGGGAGCAAGGUUAUCAAUACUGCAGGUGGAACAAAUAAUGCUGAUUGUAUGGUAAAUAACGCUGAUGAAAUGAUACAUCAUCCCAAAUGUGUGAUAAAUACUGCUGGUGGUGUGAUAAAUUAUGUUGAUGGUGUGAUAAAUGAUGUUGAUGGUGUCAUAAUUAAUGUUGAUGCGAUAAAAACGGCCAAAAAUAUGAUACACAGUUCUGCUUCUUUGAUGAAUGAUGAUACGUCUAGUGGUAAAAGUUGUUUUCAGAGACGGGCAAAUGGUCACAAAGGAAAAAAACAUAUUUGUGAUAUAUGCCAUAGAGUGUACAAAUGGAAGUGUGCACUAGUAGAACAUUAUAGAAUUCAUACUGGAGAAAAGAACUUCAAAUGUGAUAUUUGUUCUAAAACAUUUUCAAAAAAUUGUCAUCUUACCUCACAUUAUACAAUUCAUACAGGAGAAAAGAACUUUAAAUGUGAUAUUUGCUCCAAAGCAUUUGCAAGGAAGUCAAAUCUUAAUGCACAUCAUAGAACUCAUACUGGAGAAAAGAACUUCAAAUGUGACGUUUGUUCAAAAACGUUUUCACAAAAGUCUAAUCUUAACUUACAUUACAGAACUCAUACUGGAGAAAAAAACUUCAAAUGUGAUAUUUGCUCUAAAGCAUUUGCAAGGAAGUCAUAUCUUAAUGCACAUCAUAGAAUUCAUACUGGAGAAAAGAAUUACAAAUGUGACGUUUGUUCAGAAACGUUUUCACAAAAAAAUCAUCUUACCAUACAUUUCAGAACUCAUACUGGAGAGAAAAACUUCAAAUGUGAUAUUUGUUCAAAAACAUUUGCACAAAAACAUCAUCUUACCAUACAUUUCAGAACUCAUACUGGAGAAAAGAACUUCAAAUGUGAUGUUUGUUCAAAAACAUUUGCACAAAAACACCAUCUUACCAUACAUUACAGAACACAUACUGGAGAAAAAAACUUCAAAUGUGAUGUUUGUUCAAAAACAUUUGCACAAAGACAUCAUCUUACCAUACAUUAUAUAAUUCAUACUGGAGAAAAGAACUUUAAAUGUGAUGUUUGUUCUAAAACAUUUGCACAAAAACAUCAUCUCACCAUACAUUAUAGAAUUCAUACAGGAGAAAAGAAUUUUAAAUGUGAUGUUUGUUCUAAAACAUUUGCACAAAAGUCUAAUCUUAAAAAACAUCAUAAAAUUCAUGCUAGAGGAAACAAACUUUUAUAUUCUAGAAACAUAAAUCAAGAAUAGGGUUAAGGUUAUACAUAGAUGUCACUAUCGUAUUUCGCAGUUCUUCACUAGCCACAUCAUGUUCUAAAACAAAAAAUGAAUCUCAAUCUAAGCUUAAUAAUGUGUAAAUUAUUGUUUCAUUAUUGGUAUAUUUUUAUGUACAUUUGUCGAGAACAUCAUAUGGCUAGUGCAGUAUCACAAUACAUGUAUUAUCAUAAUCAUAAGGCCUAAUGUAAGGUUUUAUUUGAACCCAUAAAAUUAUCAUGUUUUUGGAAAUGUAUA